AUGUGCAGUAAAUUCCAAAUUUAUAGACGUGAUAGAGUAGGAAAGGAAGGUGGCGGAGUUUUGAUUGCAGUUUCAACUCUUUUUCCUUCCGAAGAAAUAAUCCUUAAUGAAGUCCAUGAUAUCGAAUUCAUUGCAACGUGUGUUAAAACUAAAUUAAAGACUAUCUUUAUUACAUGCUCAUACAUUCCUCCUGCAUCAAGUAUCCAAAUAUAUGAACGACACUCUACAGCGAUAAAGCUCGUAGUAAAUUUAUCCAAACCCGAUGACUUAAUUAUUGUCUUAGGAGACUUUAAUAUUCCUAACAUAAUAUGGUCUAAAACUCCGGAUUCAAGUUUUUUAAGUCCAUCAAUAAACUCGGAAUCAAGUUUAGACUUUAUUGAUUCCAUUGCAGAAUUGGCGCUUUUUCAAAUAAAUAGCAUACCAAAUUUAUAUGGUAAAACACUGGAUUUAGUAUUUGUUGAUCGCCCAGAUGAAUUUAAAAUACAACGCAUAGAUCCACUUUCGACUCCAGAAGAUGUUUAUCACCCUACACUUGAAAUUAGUUCAAAUAUUAAUAUGCAAAUAACGGCAAAACUAGUUCCGAAAGAAGAAAAAGUCUUUGACUUUAGGAAAGCUGAUUUUUCCAAGUUAAAUCGCCUACUCUCAUCAGAGAAUUGGUUCGAUUAUGAUUCUCACAAAAACUUAAGUCCAUAUAACAUCGAUCUAAUUCUAAAUAACUUUUACGACGUCCUAUUUAAAUGUUUUAAAUUAUCUAUUCCGAUGAGAAAACUAAUAAUUCCAAAUGGCCCACCAUGGAAUACAAAGCAGCUCACUACACUGAAAAACUUAAAAAAUAAAUACUAUAAAAAAUACAAGAAAUCCGGCCUAUCUACUGAUUACGCGAAAUACUCAAUAUCCAGAUCAACUUUCAACUUGGCAAAUAUCCAGUGUUACAAUAAUUAUAUUUUUAAAGUAAAGACAAAUUUCAAAAACAAUCCGAAAUCUUUUUAUCAAUUCGUUAAUUCGAAACGUCGGAUAUCUGGAUAUCCUUCCAUGAUGAAAUCCGGAGAUUCAGAAUCUUCAAUUGAUUCGGAGAUUUGCGACAUGUUUGCUGAUUUCUUUUCCUCUUCUUAUUCAAAGAAGUCACUAAAUAUAUUAUCAAAUUAUCCAUAUUCAAUAUUAGAGGCAACUCCAAUCCACUGUCCAACAAUACACACAUCCACUGUACUCUUGGCUAUACGAAAAUUAAAAUUUUCCGAUAAAUAUGGUCCUGACGGUAUACCAAGUUGUGUUCUACUGAACUGUAUAUAUCCUCUUAUUUCACCCUUAACAUACCUUUUUAAUGCAUCACUUUCCAACGGUUAUUUUCCUGAUUUCUGGAAAAAAUCAUAUAUUAUUCCUUUGUUCAAAUCCGGAAACAGAUCCAACAUUUCCAAUUAUAGAGGUAUUGCCAAAUUAAGUGUUAUUCCAAAACUUUUUGAGCAGAUAGUCACAGAAACACUGUCACACCAAGUUUCAACAUUUCUGUCACCAUUCCAGCAUGGAUUUAAAAAAGGACGUUCAGCCACCACUAAUUUAUUAGAAUUUACAACUUCCGUGAUCAAAUCUUUUUAUGCCGGCUAUCAAACUGAUACUAUCUACACGGAUUUCAGUAAAGCAUUUGAUAAGAUAUCAAUGUGUAUCGUUUAGAGGAUGUACAUCGAAAACCAUCCCAGUUAUAUCCGGGGUCCCUCAAGGUAGUCAUUUGGGUCCAGUAUUAUUUCUAAUAUUCAUAAAUGAUUUACCAUCUUG